AUGACCAAUCAUACAGCACAGAUGGACUUCUUCCUCACCCAAUUCUCUGACAACAAGCAGCUCCAGGUCUUCCAUGGCUUUCUGUUCCUGCUGAUCUACUUGGAGGCUCUAAUGGGGAAUCUCUUCAUCUUCAUCCUUGUCACAGUGGAUCCAUGUCUUCACACCCCCAUGUACUUCUUCUUGAAGAACUUGUCUUCCCUUGAUGUGGGCCUCAUUUCAGUUACCAUCCCAAAGCUCAUUCUGAACUCUUUUACCCAUAGGAGCAUCAUAUCUUUCGCGGGAUGUGUGUGUCAGCUCUUCUUGGUGGUUCACUUUGCUGGGUGUGAGCUUUUCAUCCUAACUGCUAUGUCCUAUGACCGCUAUGUGGCCAUCUCUCACCCAUUGCAUUAUGAGGUUUUCAUAAACAUGUGGGUCUGUGUACAAAUGGUAGCUGUCUCUUGGAUCUUUGGGAGUAUCUUUGGGGUCUUAUACUCAGCUGGCAUUUUCUCAUUAUCUUUCUGUGGUUCCAGAAAACUUGCACAGUUUUUCUGUGAUGUCCCCUCUCUAUUGAAGAUUUCCUGUUCUAAGAUGCAUGUCAUCAUUGAUGUUAGUGUUAUUGUUGGAGUCUUAUAUGGACUCUUCUGCUUGGUGUGCAUAGGGAUUUCAUAUGCUUACAUUUUCGAUACCGUGUUGAAAAUGCCAUCCUUACAAGGGCAGUCAAAAGCUUUCUCCACUUGCAUGCCUCAUCUCAUAUUUGUGAUUACAUUUUUAGUGACAGGUGCUAUUGCUUAUUUGAAACCAGUCGGUGAUUUUCCUGAUCUUAUGGACAUUUUGGUAUCUGUUUUCUAUUCUGUGAUGCCUCCAUGUUUAAACCCUAUAAUAUAUAGUCUUAGAAAUAAGGAAAUCAAAGCUUCUGUGUGGAAGUUUCUGUGGAAACUGUAUCAUUAUAAUGAUUAA